CAAUUAAAGCAUGGCGGAUCGUCUUCUUCCCCAAGUUCUUCGAGAAGUUUCUACUAUUUUUCUUCUACAGCUCUAGGGUUUACACUUUUCAGGUUUCAGAAGAAGAGAAAGAGAGAAGUGGGUUUCAGUUUUAGGGUAAAAAAAGAAGAAAAGGCGCGUUUUUGAGCUUCAAUUUAGGGUCUAUUCAGAGUGAGGAACAAUGUUGCAGAAUCCGGAGAAAGAAGAGCAAAAAUGGUCCAUUGCAAAAGACUGUGAAGUAGAAGUCUCUUCAGAAGAAGAAGGGUUCGUAGGUGCUUGGUACAGAGCAAUCCUCGAGGAGAACCCGACGAAAUCGAGACGCAAAAAGCUCCGAAUCCGUUACACGACGUUGCUCCAAGACGACAGUUCGACUCCUCUCACCGAAAUCGUCAAACCCAGGUUUAUCCGACCGGUCCCACCAGAUGCCAUGAACGACGGCGUCGUUUUCGAGGAAGGUUCGGUGGUCGACGCCGAUUUCAAAGAUGGAUGGUGGACCGGUGUCGUUGUUAAGAAACUGGAAGAUGGUCAGUUCUUCGUUUACUUCGAUUCUCCUCCUGACAUAACCCAGUUCGAGAGGAAGCAGCUGAGACCUCAUCUUGACUGGACCGACACGGAUUGGGUCCGAGCCGAAAGCAAGGAAUUGAGUAAGUCCUUGUUUAGAUCCGGGACAAUGGUGGAAACGAGUCGUGAGAUUGGUGUACUGGGAGCUGCGUGGGUCCCUGCGAUAGUCAUCAAGGAGACUGAAGUGGAUGAUGAGAAGAAGCUCAUUGUCAAGACUUGUAACAAGUCACUGACCUUGGACGCUGAUGAAGUGAACCCAAGCUUUACCGUUGAUCCGUGCAACGUCAGGCCUAUCCCUCCUCCGUCUGUUGUUGAAGAGUAUAAGCUGCUAGAUCGCGUUGACGUCUUCCAUGGCGAGGGAUGGCGUCAAGGUCUGGUGAGGGGAGUUCUCUCUGACAAACGCUACUCAGUGAGUUUCGUGGCCACAAAGGAGGAGUCGGUCUUCAAACUCUCUGAUCUUAGGCCUUCAAAGGAGUGGGAAGAUGGUGUUUGGCGUCAUGGUCCAAAGAGAAAACCUGAAAAGGAAACUCCUUUAGACGGCAAAAGAAAGAUGUUGUUACCUACGGAAACUACGUUGUCCGACAUCAGUGCGCUCCGCAGACCGAAGAAACUGAAGGUGAUCCGCCCUUGUAAUGCUGCAAAAAGAAGUAGAAAGCAUACCAGAAAAUCCCCGAAUCCUGCAGAAAAUGUCGAGACAGCCACUGAGGGUGAAACGGAACCUGUUGCUGCAAUGGAAUCACCGUUAACUCAGGAAUCUGGAAAUCAAAUGGCUGACGAUAUGAUCAAUGGUGCUGCUACGCCAGUCGUAACCUCUCAAGUGAUACCAAUAGAAAAGGAAUUUGCUCCACCUGAAACCUCUGUCGUAAACGCAGCAAUACCGGUGAGAAAACCAGAGGCUGAAACUCAAGGAACGGCAUCCCCUGAGAAGACCCUUCAGCCAACGAGGAUGGAAAAUGGCUUUGGAGUUAAUUCAACUGGAGAGAAGACGUCUGAAGAGAAUAACAGCAACGAAAACAGCUAUAAAAGGAAAAGAAAAAGAAAGCAUGACUCAAACCUUAAAGAGACUGUGGCUGAUACAAGUGACGAUGAUUUUGGUCGGCUCCUUUCUUCGUGGUUCGUCGCAGGAAAAUCAUCUAAUGAGUUGUCCCCUGAUCGAACCCCCAAUGCGGUUAAGAAGCCCACUGCUGAGGAACCCGGAGCAAAUGAGUGUACAGCGAUGGUUCUGCCUUUUGCGAAGCAGUCACCGAUUUGGAAAGUGUUUGAAUCAAUGGAGGUCUUUAAAACAGUAAAGCAGAGUCCUCAUUUCAUCCCUUUGCUGGAGACAAGAGAAGAGUUCCGUGAAGGGUCAGCUGUGGGUGAGAUGGUGAAAUUCUACAGUCUAUUAGAGAGAGUAGAAAACCUGCAACUUGACACUCCCAAAAGCACACUAGAGGGGCUUAAAGAGUGCUUUUCCAAGCUUGAUAAGUAUGGAUUCGAUGUCACAGCGCCUAUAUCGCGGAUCGACAUGCUCCUCCCUCUCAAAGAUAAACAAGUGAGUACAGUGGAUAAACUAAAAGCUACUGAGAAAGAGAUGGCAGAGGAAGCUAGCAAAAUGCAGAAGGUUGAAGAAGAUCUGAGAGAUAUUGAGCGCAAGAUUCUCGAGCUGCGGAGCCAGAAAGCUGAACUGACAGAGAAGAAGGAUGCUUCAGAGAAAGACAUUGCUCAAAUGCAGCUGUGUACGGAAGAUCUUGAAAAAAAGAUUCAACAUGUGGAGCUUGAGUUUUGCACGAUCGUGUCUGCUCCUUGGUGAUAUUUCCAUGAUCAACCGUAACUAUGAUGAGCUCUAAGAUCUGGUUUUGCAAAUAAAAGCUAAGAUUCAAAGUAAGUAGGAAGACUUUGGCCCUUAUGGUUAUGGUUAUGGUAGAUGAUGCAAUUAGUUUUAAGUUCUUAACUAAUCUGUUUGACUGUUUCUAUGAUGAAGAUAUGAAGACUCCCUGUUCAAUGGUAGUCUGGUGAUUAUGAAAUGGUAAUUUAUGAUAAAAGGGGUUACUUUUCUGAUUCCAUUAGUAACAGGAUAAUUAGUACUGUUUAGUUGUGUAGCUAG